AUGGAGCUCAGCAAAGUCCUCUGCACCAAAAGGUGCACAAACAACCACAGAAGCUGGACACGUAUACGAGAGUUUAUCCAUCGCCAUAUGGCGAUCAGCGCAGGCAAAAAGUCCUGCAGCCUCAUUCCUACUACCAAAGAUGAACAAGAAGAGAAGGAGCUAUGCGCUCCUCCCCCAACCCCAACAAUGAGUCCCAAAACGGGCACCUCGAUGGCCUCAACUACGACUACUAAGUCGCAAGAUCACUUCGCACGGUGCACGGCCAGACUCAUCACAUGGCUUCGCCGAGCAUAUGUCGGAGUGGAAGAGAAGCAGAAGGAUACCGCCCUGGAUCGGGAGAUUCCAGGGCUGGAAGCCUACCUUCGAAACUUCUAUAUGGAAGAAAGAGUUGAUUACCCAUCUGGAAUGGGGAUUGAUGGGAGUUCGGCGGGACGCCGCUAG